CCUGGUGAGAUGAUCAUUUCUCUGCCGGAAUCCUGUCUCCUCACAACCACCACGGUCCUGAACAGCUACCUGGGCAGCUUUAUCAAGAGCUGGAGGCAUCCUCUGUCACCCCUCCUGGUGCUCUGUGUCUUCCUGGUGUGCGAGCGGCAUCGAGGAGAGGCUUCUGAUUGGUUCCCCUACAUCAGUGCCCUGCCCACCACCUACACCUGUCCUGCUUAUUUCUCAGACAUGGUGGUGGAGGUCCUACCAGCAGCUGUGAGGAGGAGAGCCGUAGAACAGAGGGAGGCGGUGCGGGACAUGCACUCGUCCAAUCAGGACUUCUUCAGGUCCCUGCAGCUGGUUCUGAGUCGGCCGGUCCAGGAAGUUCUGACCUAUGAGGCCCUGAGGUGGGCGUGGUGUAGUGUAAACACUCGCUCUGUCUUCAUGUCCCGCCCCUCUAACGACUUCCUGUCUGGACAGGAUAACUAUGCUUUGGCUCCAUUUCUAGACCUGCUGAACCACCAGCCUGACCUACAGGUGACAGCAGGCUUUAAUGAUCAGACGAGAUGUUACGAAAUAAGGAGCGUUUCUGGGAUGAAGCGCUACCAACAAGCGUUCAUUAAUUAUGGUUGCCAUGACAACCAGCGCCUGCUGUUGGAGUAUGGAUUUGUGGCCACCAACAACCCUCACAGUGUUGUCUAUGUGGAAACAGAUCUCCUCUGUGAUGUUCUGAGAGGUGAUAAAAGUUUGGAUCAGAAGAUCAAGUUUCUCAGAGAGAAUCAGUUCCUUCAUAAUCUGACUGUGUCCAGUGAAGGUCCCAGCUGGAGGCUGAUGACGGCCCUCAGACUGCUGUCUCUGUCACAAACACAGUUUCACCUGUGGAAGGCAGCUCUGCUCGGUCAGCUUCUGUGUGAACACACCGAGGAGUGGAGCGUUCACACAGCAAGGACUAUAUGUCAACAACUGCUUUCUGACACACACACAGCUUUACACAAGAUCUCGCUGCUCCUCCACCGCUGUGAGCAGCCAAUCAGAGAGCAGCUGGAUGUGGUGAGGUUAUUACGACAGGAGGAGGGUUCCAUUCUUCAGAGCUGUCUUCAAACACUGGAGGGUUCAGUCCAACAAGCCCACACCACACCUGAUGUUGGAGCUGUAAGGUGACUCCUGAUUGGCCGUCUGUUCUGACUCAAUAAGCCCGAUGAUUGGCUAAACUCUGACCAACGAUCAGAGGAGCUCACACAGGACUCAGGUGUUCUCACAGAAAAACUGUGCCAGUUUUUAUUCACAUGAAAAUGACUUUAAUCUGAUGAGUUUUACAGUCUGCUGUUGUAGUAGCUGAGAGUCAUCCUCAGCCCACUCUGAGAGCUAACAGGUCACAAAUGUAACAUUAUUUUAAAGGUAAAGCUACAAGUCGACACAAGAUAAUCCUAGUUUAAAACUGCAAUGCAUUCAAGAGAUGCUAGCUUUGAUAUAUUUAUGUUUUUAUACAAUUCUUUUAUCCAAGACCAUGUACUUAUAAUUGUGUUGUGUUAAUCAAACAUCAGGUGAGAACUGGCCUGUGUGGUUAAAUCUGGGACAUCAUGAGGAAUGAUUAAAGUGCUCUGUCCAUCUUCAUGAAUUAAUAAAAACACUUUAUUCUCA